GAGACCAGAGAAGUAGGGGGAAGAGAGAUCAUUAUCCAUAAUAAAUAUAUAAUCUACAAAUGAUUUUAUAGGACAUAACAUUAACGUACUGAUCGUCGGCAAGACUGGAAAUGGAAAGAGCACAGUGGGCAACUCUCUCCUGAACUACUCCGCCUUCUCUGUCACUAGAGGUUUUGCUUCAUCAACCACACAACCUGAAACCCAAUCAGCUCGAAGAUACGGAGUCAGCAUUACAGUGACUGACACUCCUGACCUCAGCAACAUGUCUGUCGAUGACAAAGAUGUGGACAGAGUUAUCCACAGCUGGCGGACAUUUCAACCUGAUGUCAUCUUGUUGACUAUCCGCUGUGAUGUACGCUAUACACCCGAAGAGUUCCAGAUUUACAAACAGAUAAAGAAAGGUUUGAAAGAUGACUACCUCUGCUCCAGGCUGACCGUGGCCUUCACCUUUGGUGAGCGACUGGACAGAGACCUCGGGGAGGAACUGAAGGAGGUGUGCAUAGAGUUGCAGCAGGUACUGGAGGACGCAGACGAUCGCUAUCUUGUGUUUAGAGAAGAGGAUGAUGAAGAAACCAAAAGGAAACAUAUUAUGUACCUGAUGACCUUGGUGCCCAAUCUUGCAGAAAUUGAAGGAGAAAUAAAGAAGAUUCUCCUCCUUGGACCCCUUAAAAGCGGAAAGAGUUCAGGUGGCGAUGCCAUCGUAGGCAGACCAGUGUUUCAGGCCGGCAAAGAGACUGUCAGGACAGUCAGUUACAUAACCUACGUUCACGACACCUGGUGUCAAGUAUUUGAUACACCGGGAAUAUCAAUGCCCGUUGAGGAGAAGUUAAGGAGUCUGUUGGAAGUGACUCGUCCCGGUCCACACGCCAUCUUCUACUUCGUCAGGGAGUCCAUUGCGACGACUGAGGACCUCGAACUGUUCAGACGAUUUCAAGACUUCAUUCGGGAAAACCUCAGGCAGCAGGUGAAACUUGUUGCUGCUAAGGAUAUGGAGAGGGUACCUUCUGUUCCAAAGCCAGUAAAAGACAAGGAAUACAUUUUAUGUGAAAUGAGUAAAGAGGCGAAAGGCGGCCAAACAUUCUGGUUAAUCGAAAAUUUAACGCCAGAGCACAAGAAAAAAUUAUUUGCAGAUCACAUUAAGCAAGUCCUUAAUUCAACGAAGGAAGCUUCAAAGCUUAGUGGUAGCACACUCGAAAAAGAAAGCAAAUGAGUUUGCUAGAGUCUAUAAUUAAUGAGGUGUUACGUGACAGGUCAGGGGAGAAAAAUGUGAGAGAAGAAGGUUGUGUCCCUUGGUCUACAUAUGAUAAAAGAGGGGCCGACAAAAACUUGUCACUAGAGAGACAACGCUACAUGAUCUUUAUGCUUUUAAUUUACAAGUAAUUGAAAGGUAACUGCUUAAUCUUUGCUUUUGAAACUUUUUUAAUUCAAGUGAAUGCCUUUCCACAUAAUAGUCCAUCGUUUUAUUUCGAGAUAUUUCCCAAAUCUACGCUUUCUUUGCGAAAUAGUUCAUUUGAUUCAUUUUCUAUACAUUCGUCUACUUUGCGAAAUAUUAGAUGACACCUUUUAUGUGAAGACUUCUCUUUACACGAGUGUUAUUUUGUGUGAUCAGUACGUAACAAAGUAUUAUUGUAAAGUAUCCAUCAAAGCAAGAUUAAUGGAUAUUUGGGUAGAUGAAUAAUAGUUCUGUAGUUGGCUUUUAAGAUUAUAGAGAACAGUGAGAACUUGUUCACUUCGAGUAAU